CAAGUCCUGUUCCAUGUUAAUGGAAACCCAUUGAACCACCGUCGACACCCUGCUCGUUAGUUGUGUGUAGUGGGAUGUAGUGAUACACUAAUUGCAUGCAAUUUUAAUUGGUUCCUAUAAUGCACACCUAAAACGAUAGGCAUGCUCGGUUGGUACUGAAACUGGAGAAUCCCCGGAAACCCCCCACAAAGCGGACGUGUGCACACAGCGGAGUGCAAUCGGACCUCAAUCGGCACGUGUGAGGUCACCAUAUCCGUCCUUAUUCUUAUAUUCUGUUUUGUUUCUUAAGUGUUUUUUUUAAAGUAGGCUACAAGGCAAUCGGUUCCCUUGGCGGAAUGCCACUCCAUCACAGAUAUUAUAUUGCUGCAGUACGUAAUGGAAAGGUCACAUUUUACUUUGUAAAUUGCGAUGCGGGAUUUUUCCGAUCAUUGUUUCCUUAUUGUAAAGUUACGCUGCGGCCAUUGCAUUUUAAGCCCGGGAGUAUACAUAGUCUCCUGAUGAUCGACGUCAGCAGCAUCGCCCACGCAAUCCAACGGAACCCGGCUGAGCACGCUUUUAGUAUACGGGCUUUGGGAUAGAAGGGGACUUGGCUGCAUCUGGUAUCACGGACACGCUCCCUGUUCAUGGAGGAGUAUGGCAUGCUCCUCGCUCGCCCGCUCCCCGGAUUCCUCCAUGCGGGGAAUCCCCCAGUCAGUGUUGAUGGUCUCCAUGGAGACCAAAUACCAGUGCCAGCACUGUGACGGGGUGUUGAGGGUGCCCUUCCAGGCGAGAUGUGGGCACCGUUUCUGCGGAAACUGCUUCAGAGAGCUCACUGGCUUGGGCCCCCUGCCUUGCAAGGUGUGUCAGCGAGACGGGAUCUUUGAAGACCCACUGUCCAUCCUAAACACCAGCGACGCUUUUCCAGACAACGCUGCACGAAGGGAGAUUGAAAACCUGCCAGCUCAGUGCCCCAGUAAAGGCUGUCCAUGGAGAGGGGUUGUUAAGGACUAUGAGGCGCAGCACGAGGGCCGCUGUGAACAUGAGCAGGUGCAGUGUGAGGCCUGCCAGGCCUUCGUCCCAUGGCUCCACAUGGCCAGACAUACCAGCCGGGAGUGCGAGGCCAGGACUGUGACCUGCAAGUUCUGCAAGGCCACCUUCAGCUCCAAGGACAUCAAGGGGCACAACAACGUUUGUCAGAAGUUCCCCAUUCACUGUGAGUCCUGUGGCAAGAAGAAGAUCCCCCGGGAAAUGUUUGCCGAUCAUUCGAAUUCUUGCGGGAAGCAGCAGGAGGCCUGUCAAUUCAGCACCGUGGGCUGUGAAACCUCGCUGGAGAACGAGAGGCAAGGCGACCACGAGCAGGCCAACGUCUUGGAGCACAUGCGCCUCCUCCUGGCCAAGGUGGUCGUACUUCUGAAGCACGAUGCCUCAGGCCCAGCAGAGUGUGAAGAAGGAGCGGCACUGGGCCUGUACAGAGCACCUGCGGAUGAGGAAGUGGGAGCGAACAACAGCCUGCAGCCCAAGGUUGCUGCUCUGGAGAACAUUGUGUGUGUACUCAACAGGGAGGUGGAGAGGUGUGCUUUCACCUUGGAGGCUUUCACCUGUCAACAACGGCUGGACCAGCAGCAGAUGGAGACCCUUAAGAACAAGAUACAGCAGCUGGAGCGCUCGCUGGCCAUGCGGGACUUGCAGCUGGCCGAGGCAGAGCAGGUGCUGCACGAGCUCGCCGUCUGCACCUACGACGGCGUCUUUGUCUGGAAGAUCACAAACUUCUCCCGCCGCAGGGAGGAGGCGGUGAGCAGUCUGGCCCCCACCAUGUUCUCUCCAGCAUUUUACUCCAGUAAAUAUGGCUACAAAAUGUGUCUGCGGCUGUACCUCAACGGCGACGGGACGGGCCGGGGGACACAUCUCUCACUUUUCUUUGUGGUGAUGAGGGGGAAAUAUGACGGCUUACUCAAGUGGCCCUUUAGCCAGAAGGUAACGCUGAUGCUGUUGGAUCAGAACAACCGGGAGCACGUCAUUGAUGCCUUCAGGCCCGACAUCAGCUCCACGUCGUUCCAGAGGCCCAUCAGUGAGAUGAACAUUGCCAGUGGAUGUCCACUUUUCUGCCCAUUAGCAAAGCUCGGUGGGAAGAGCGUUUAUCUCAAGGAUGACACUAUAUUCAUCAAGGCCGUUGUGGAUCUCACCGGCCUCCAAUGAAGCGGAGCAUUGAUCAUGUUUUCUCUGAGUUAUUCAGCAUUUUAUUGCUCUUCAGCAGACGGAAGUUGUUUCAUCACAUGUGUUUCUGUGGAGACCAAUUUUUUUUGUGCGUUUUUACUAAUAUUUCUGAUAAUUUGUAUUCUGUGUUUGGCCAUCCCAAGGUGUACAAAAACAAUCUUAUCUGCAAAGGGCUGGUGUGUGUGCUGGUUUUUGGGGUAACCUUUCAUUUCAGCUGUUCAAACCCAGGUGUGAGGACUCUUCAGCCAAUCAGUCCUAACAUUAGUAAUCUAAUUAAGGAGUUGCAGCCUAAACCCACAUACACAUUGGCCCUUUUUGGAUACGAUUGGCCACACCUGCCUUAGUGCUUUGUGUCUCAGUGGAUUCCUAGGUCAGGCAUUCACUGGAAGGAUUGCUAUUAGUGGAGACUAGAGCCAACUGUUGAAUUGAAUCUGGUAUCUAUUUACCCAUUAAUCUGUGUACUUUUAGCAUUAUAUGUUCUAUGUGCAUCAGAGGUGUUGCUGGGAGCUAGCAGAAGUGGAGGCUUGUAUAGCGCGGGAUAGUUGUAGGAUGGACUUUUAACACAUCAACAGUUGACCCAGUUGAACAGCUGGCCCGUUUCCCCUCCUUCCAUCAAGCCUAUACAUUAUUCAACAUCAGACAAGGACAAUAUAUAAUUCUACAGGUAAUUAGUGCUUUGUGGCAUAGAGAUUCAGUAAAUGUUUUCUAUAUGGAACUUACAGCACUCUCUCUCUGCCUUGAAUCAGAAUAGUGUAUAUUUCAUUAGUUCCAUCCAUCCAUUUUCUAUAACCAAUUAUCCUGUUCAGGGUUGGGUGGAGGGGGGUCCGGAACUCAUCCCAGAGGUUAUGGGCACAAGGCGGAGAACAACCCAGAAUGGGGCACCAACCUCUCACAGAGCACAAUCACACUAUUCAACUAACAAACACACACAACAUGCAAACUCCACACACAUGGAACCCAGGUCCUUUACUGUGGCAUUGUAUAUAGAUUGUAAAAAUGUGUGUAUUAUAUAGCCUGUUCGCUGUGGAGGUGCUUUGGGCAUGUCCAAGUCGGAGGUGCCUAUGGGCAGACCCAGGACACACUGGAGAGAUAUCCCUGAAUUGGCCUGGAAAUGCCUUGGUAUUCCCCUGGUGGAGAUGGAGGACGUAGCUGGGGAGAGGGAGGUCUGUCAGCCCUGCUUAGACUGCUGCCCCGACAACCCGACCCCGGAUAAGCAGUGGAUGGAUGUGUAGAUGUAUAAUGUAUGUAUACAUCAAUAUAAUACAGACACACUGAUUCUGUAGUGAGUCAUGAGUCCAGAUUGGCAUAAUUUCUCAGGGUCUGCUGCAUUUGUUUCUACACCUCCCUCAACUUGUUCUUUGUAGAGUAAGCUGUCUGUGAAGGGCAGCCAUUUGUUGCGGGGGAGUAAAGACCUUGCAGACAUGUUGAGGCUGGAAUUGAACCAGUGACCUUUGGAUUAUAGGCACAUAGGCUUAGCCCACUGCACCACACGCUGCCCCUUAACUGUCAUGUAAAACCACUCACUUAUCUAAUACAGCAGUGUUUCCCUAUUCGGUCCUCGGGGACCCACAGUCGGUCCAUGUUUUUGCUCCCUCUGAGCUCCAUGCCAGACAUUCUUGGAGCAACAACGUGGACUUUGGGUCCUCUGAGGACCGGAUUGGGAAAUACUGUUAUACAGGGUCACAGUGAGCCUGAUGCCUAUCACAAGACGUGCAGGGCGCAAGGUAGGGGACAGCCUGGAUUGGAUGCCAGUCCGUCUCAGGGCACACACACUUCCAAGUGCCAAUUCAGUACAGAGCUAGGAGUAGGAAUGAAAACCAACAGUCCAAGAUCACAGUCACUGACCUCUGAGUCAUCAAACUUGAUAUAUAGUCAUUAAUAUGAAUUAUAGUAAUUAAUAUACAAUGAUAUAUAUAUAUAUAUAUAUAUAUAUAUAUAUAUAUAUAUAUAUAUAUCACUGAAAUCAUAUAUUCAGAUAACUACACACUAUAAUCAAUAUGUUUCAUAAGGCCACCUGCUUAAUUCCUCCCAACACGGCUCACUUGCAUUAAUAUUUUAUACUGGAUUUUUAUUGUAUUAAACGCAUCUUGCGUUUGCAGUCUAAUAAACGAUUAUAAUAAA